AUGGGUUGGAUUGGUCAGUUUGGAGAGAGAGGAAUCAUGGAUGUUGCCAAAGAAGUAGCAAAAGAGGCAAUUGUAGAAAAGCUUGGCAUGGGCGUUCUUAAUUCUUCAAAAACAUUUGGGUUGCUCUGCUUGCCAGGCUCUUUCUAUGAUCGUGUAUUUCCCGAGGCUUCUCUUCACAUUGUUCAUUCUUAUGCCCUGCAAUGGCUUUCUGGAGUACCGAAAGAGACAGUGACCAAGGACUCUCCUACUUGGAAUAAAGGGAAAGUUCACCAUGCAAGUUCUGGUGACCAAGUGAUUCAGGCUUAUAAAGCUCAAUAUGAGAAGGAUAUGGACAAAUUCCUUCAAGCCAGGGAACAUGAGGUUGUGUCUGGUGGGCUUAUGCUACUCAUUUUUCCUUGUCAGUCUGCAUCACAUUUGAGUAUGGACCUCGUUGGAUAUUCCCUCCUGGACCUUGCAGAAAAGGGAAUAGUUACUGAGGAAAAAGUGGAUUCCUUUAGCCUUCUAUUAUAUGCCACGACUCUCCAAGAAUUUGAAGCUACUGUGGAAAGAAAUGGAGGUUUCAGCAUAGAGAGAAUGGAAAUAUUACCUAGAUCAGAAUUUGUAAAUGGAAACUGCCCAAACGGCCAUCAAAUAACAACUCACAUGAGAGCGGGGUUGGAGGGGAUGAUAAAGAGGCAUUUUGGAGAGGAUAUCGUAGACGAGCUCUUUGAUUUGUAUGCUAAGAAAGCCGAUGAGAUAUUAAUCCCCGCCAUGGUUAAAUCAGCUGAACAAGGAGUUUACUUAUUUGUUGUCCUUAAACGUAAAGCUUAUUAA